UUCUUCAAGCUCCAUAUAUAAACAUACCUCAACAAAAAGCACCAAAACUCUUCCUUUUCCUCUCUCUUCUCUCUAGAGCCAUCUUUGCAUUUUACUCAAACCAAAAGGUUGGCAUUAUCUAAGAUCUUAUUAGACCAAGAAGGUGAUCUUGUGUGUUUUUUGUCUGUUUUGUUUUGGUUGGAAGAAUCAAUAAUGGAGUUGGAAGAUGAGAAGAAGGGAGGGGAAGCUUCAGGACAGACAUCAGACAAAGAAAUGGGGCUAAGCAGAAAGAACAGUGAUAGCUCUUUGUCUCCGACAGAAGAUGAUGACGAAGACGAAGAGAAGAAGCCCCAACUUGGUCCCAUGAUCGCUCUCAAAGAACAGCUUGAGAAAGACAAGGAUGAUGAAAGCUUGAGGAGAUGGAAGGAACAACUAAUCGGCGUGGUGGAUUUGGAAGAUGUCGGAGAGACACCAGAUCCAGUAGUAAAGAUACUAGACUUAACAGUUAGGUCUCCAAACAGAGAAGACAUGGUAUUAACGAUACCUGAUGAUGGAUUGCCUAACCCUAAAGGUCCUUGGUUCACCAUAAAGGAAGGAUCUAAGUACACACUUGUCUUUAACUUCCGUGUCACCAACAAUAUUGUUUCGGGCCUUCGCUAUAACAACACCGUCUGGAAAACUGGUGUCAAGGUGGAUAGUACGAAAGCAAUGCUUGGGACGUUUAGUCCUCAAGCUGAGCCAUACCAACAUGUGAUGCCUGAAGAAAUAACACCCUCUGGUAUUUUCGCUAGAGGAUCCUAUUCCGCAAGAACUAAGUUUAUUGAUGACGAUAAUAAGUGCUACUUGGAAAUCAACUACACAUUCGACAUCCGCAAGAAUUGGCAAUGAUCCACCGAAUUCAACAUUCUCUCCAGUCUAAACCUAUAUGACUAAAGCUCUUUUGAUAACACAUAUAUUUUCUAUCUUACACGCAACUUUUCAGACUAGAAAACUUAAUUAUUUAUUUUUAAUUAAACAAGCAUUAAUAAGAGAUUUUGUUUGA